CUAGUACUUGAAUUCUUCUUCCUUGUCCCAAGAAAGACUACUAGUGAUUUUGUCACAUAAGACUGUAAUACAUACAUAGCUAUGUCAUAACACUGCAGAUUAUAAUAAACACCAACAAGGGCAUGACACUAUCCAGCACUGGCUGGCUGCUAAGGUUUCAGUUGUAAUCACUGUGACAUGCAGCAAGGAAGCAGAGGUCCCCUGGUAGGAGUGAAUGUGUGCAGCAUUCCAGGCUGCCCUGGGAAGGUACCAGUCAGCUCUGCAUACACAAUAGGGGCUGGCUGAAGAAGAGAUGGAAUCACACUUUAAAAAGGGGGCCCUUGGAGACAAACUGCUGGAGGGAGGGGGGGGCAUGGGUCAUUAAUCAUCCAUAUCCAGGUGUGUUGUGACUCUCACUCAGUGCCCCGAGCAUGUAUACUCUGUGAUGGGUAUUAGAUAGCCAUCUUAUCACAGGUGAUGCUGUGACUCGGUGCCCCGUGACAUGGAUAAUGAGAUAAGUCUAGGGAGCUCAUCUACAUACCUGGAGGGGGGAAAUUAAUUUCACAGUUGUGCACAAAACACUACCUUCACCUACAGUUAGUGACAGAAGUCAUUUAACACUUGGCCAUAAGGACAACACAUGGUUAUUUCUCAGUGGGCUUUUACCCCUUUAACUAGACUGUCACUGCACUUGAAUCUUGGUCAGGGAGCUCAGUUACAACACACAGGUAGGAGUAUCCUGUUUGUGUGUUUAUGCCCAGUGAUAUUUGGCAAAUAUUUAUGCCACAUUGGAAGACAGGCAGCAGAAAAUUUGUAGUCACUGAACGUCUUGGACAUUAAAUACCUUGGGCACUGCAUUGGUCACUGGAUACCUGAAUAGGACAAGUUAACAGUGGGGACUGACCACUUGUGAGGGGCGCCCCGAGUCACCAUGCUGUCCACGGAGAAUUUAUUUCAUCAUUCUCUUCUUUUGAGGAGUUUGGAAGAACGACAUGGUAGAAUACCACAUAUCCCUCCACCCAUUUAUACAGGGAGUUCGCUAAAUGACAAUUGUAUUAUGGACCCUUUGAAAGGUAUGGAUUCCAACAUCACACUCUGGCAGUUUCUUCUGGAGUUAUUAUUAAGUGGCCAGCACAACGACAUAAUUCAGUGGACUGGGAAUGAGGGAGAAUUUAAACUGCUUAAUGCUGAAGAAGUGGCCAAAUUGUGGGGCCUCCGCAAAAACAAGCAGAACAUGAAUUACGACAAACUUAGCCGUGCUCUCCGAUACUACUACGACAAGAACAUCAUCAAGAAGGUGAUGGGACAGAAAUUUGUGUAUAAAUUUGUAUCGUUUCCCGAGACGAUAAAAACAGAGAACAAAAUUCCUUUCAAAGUGAAGAUGGAGAGCUUGGCAACAGAAGGAUUUCGAUCCCUUCCAGGUUUCAUGACAUUCCGUCCAUACGAUAUUAAACAGAAUCUUACAAAGCAACAGCCACAGAUCCCAACGCCUGUGUCACAAUGGCAGACAUCGCCCUCACCGAUCGUGUCGCAACCAGCUACGUACAUGCACGUGCCAACGCCAGUGCGCAACUUCAGCACGGCCAACAAUGAGAUUAAGUUCACUGAAGUGAAGUUCACUCCUAACAUGGAGAUGAAGUAUCUUCCACAGCAGCCGCAGUACAGGAGCAGCCCUCAGCCCGUGGCCCAGCCACAGCGUUCCUUGAACACAACUCCACAGCCUGCACAACAGAUGGCGCCUCCAUCCAACACUCCAUCGCCAAAGCCACCAUCUGCUGCGCCUUCACCAGCACGUGCUGUUCCGUCACCAGCACGUAAUUCGCCAUCUCCUGCGCGGAUGCCAGUGCAGUCCAUAGCAGCCUCUCAGCCUGUGGCGCCCUCUCCUCUACUGUCAUCACAGCCGCAGUGUGCUAAAACGAGUCAGAGCAAUGCCUCAACAUCAGUUAAUCGCCCCAAGCCACAGCCAAUUGAAAUCCCCAAAACAAGCAUUCCCAGCUUCCCAAUGUACAGCCCACGCCACCCUCUGCAGAGUUUAACAACUCCACUCCUAUUGGCUAGUCCUCUACAGAGAACUCCAUAUGGGCCAAUCACAUUCUGGAGCUCAUUGAGUCCAGUGACAUCAACACUGAGCCCCAGAUUUAAUUCUCCGACUCAGUUCAACUUCCCUGGAUUUGUCAACGGACAUGUGGCGCUGUCUCCAGUAGUGACUGGCCAGCCAUUUACAUCAGCAUUUGAAAACUUGGGAUCACCAUUGUUUGUGUCGUCUCCAAUGCCUGUCAGUUGACGCCAGGCUUCGCAUUCAAACUUGCACUCUACUGCUAGCUUGAAUGCCCUUGGACUUGACUAUGGUAGUCAAAGACUUGAGACUCCCAACCAAAUUUUUGUGAAUUCCUCUCAUCAGGGUGCUGAGAGUCACCAAUUUAGACGACAGAGCUACAGUCGGUAGCAGUAACACAACAGUUGUUAUGCACUUUGUUGAAACCAAAUAUGUAUAGGACAUGUUAACUGCAGUAAUGUUUUUCUUUUAAGUCUUGGUGUUUUUUGUAUUGUUAGAUGAGCAAGUUUCAUGUGCUAAAUGUCAAAACUUAUCCUUUAACUAAUUUGGAAACUUGUAUUGUUUCUCUCAUUGUACAAGAGACCUGACGCUUUUAAACUCAACACUUGUAUGGAUGCCUUUUAGUGCUUCAUUUUGCUUUUUUUUUUGUAUGUUUGGAAGAUUACAGAGCUUAGCUUCUUAAGUGGUCCAGGGGUGAAUUUUGCUUUUGGACAUUUGCCUGCAAUUCUUUGAUGGUAGUUUGGGUAAUAAAAGUCAGUUUUAUAGAAAGUUAAACUCUUUUGUUUUUUAAGGAAACAUUCUUCAUUUUAAAAACAUGCUGAGAACUGCUUGCUUCCAGCUGUUGAAUUUGACUGCAUUUUUGCAUAUUUUAAAUUUUUUUGAAAUUGUAUUUCUGACAAUAAUGAGAGGUCUUAAGAUCUUUUAUUGCUUGGCUGUACCCCUCAUUGCAUUUUGACAAUUAGUAUGCAAUUUAUAUAGCAUUUAUUUCUCAAAAGGGACCUGAUAAGGCAUAGAUUAGACCAGUCCAGUGUUUCAGACUGGAGGCAAAGAUAGCAUAUUUUGGUCACCACAAGAAAUGAUAAUUUCCAUUUGAUUGUUGUACUUAAAAGCAUUUGUAUUCAGAUAAAUGCAAAUGGUCAUUAUUUGAUAGUUUUGUAUGAUCAUUGUACAUAUAUGUAGACUAAGGGGAAAUAUCAGAUUUCUAUUUUUGUACUAAAAUGGCCAGUUGUGUAAUUAAAUGGCUUUUUAGCUUA